AUGUCUACGUUGACCAUAGGCAGCAGUUACAGGCUUCGUGACGUUGAAGAUCCUCCAUCCACUUUGCUGAAAAUAGUGGUACUGGGAGACACAGAAGUGGAGAAGUCUUGUCUUGUGAAGGAACCGACGGGAAAAGGGGAAAACGGGAGCAGCAUUCAUACCAUCGGAAUGAAAAUCCUGACCAGGCACAUCAAAAAGAGAAACAAGAAAUAUACGCUACAGAUUUGCAAGAUCAUCGGCAAGAAGACCAUCCAGGAGAUCAGGGUCCCGAAAUCCUGUAUUGGCGCAGACAUCUGUGUGCUGAAUUACAGAGUCGGCGACCCGAUCAGUUUCGCCAAGUUAAGAAUGUGGCGAUAUAUAUUCAAUUACCGGAUAAACAUCAGAGAAGCUGGUAAUGUCCCCUUCGUCGUAAUCGGAGACAAGAGCGACACUCCCGACUUCACGAGACAUGCCUCCACGGAAGAAGUAGGAACUUGGUGCCGGUUGAUGGAUAUUCCCUACUUUGAAACAUCGGCUAAAGAAGACAAUAUCCAAAUGAUACUGGAAACGGUGAUCGACAAAUCGGAGUUACACGAUAACAAGUUUGAGGACUACAAGAAGAGUAUCGUGUUGCCCGUAUUUGUCUAA